UAGGCGGCGCCGCUGCUCGGCGCCUGCGCGGGAGGCGGCGGCGGGCGGUGAAGUUGGGCGAAGCGCCGCUGGUAACAUGCAUAAGCUUAAAUCGUCACAGAAGGACAAGGUCCGGCAGUUUAUGGCAUUUACCCAGGCUGGGGAAAGGACUGCUAUAUACUGCUUAACGCAGAAUGAGUGGAAGCUAGAAGUGGCAACAGACAACUACUUCCAGAACCCAGACUUGUACUACAAAGAAUCCAUGAAAAAUUCAGUAGACAGGAAGAAAUUAGAACAAUUGUAUAAUCGAUACAAAGACCCGCAAGAUGAAAAUAAAAUUGGCAUUGAUGGGAUUCAGCAGUUCUGUGAUGAUUUAAGCCUGGACCCUGCAAGUAUCAGUGUUCUGGUUGUAGCAUGGAAGUUCAGGGCAGCUACUCAGUGUGAAUUUAGUAAAAAGGAAUUUGUAGAUGGCAUGACAGAGCUGGGGUGUGACAGCACAGAAAAACUAAAAGCUCUGUUGCCGCGACUGGAACAAGAACUGAAGGAUCCAAUAAAGUUCAAAGAUUUUUAUCAAUUUACUUUCAACUUUGCUAAAAACCCUGGACAGAAAGGUCUAGAUCUAGAAAUGGCAAUUGCAUAUUGGAAUUUAGUCUUGUCAGGAAGAUUUAAAUUUCUAGAUCUUUGGAAUAAAUUCUUGUUGGAACAUCAUAAAAGAUCAAUUCCAAAAGAUACUUGGAAUCUUCUGUUAGACUUUGGAAAUAUGAUUGCAGAUGAUAUGUCCAACUAUGACGAAGAAGGAGCGUGGCCUGUUCUUAUAGAUGAUUUUGUGGAAUAUGCACGACCUGUAGUCACAGGAGGAAAGCGUAAAACUUCCUAACCCCAGACUUAAUGUGGACUAAAUGCACAGUCUGAACUGCAUUAGGUAACGAAGAUUUGCUGGCUGAUAACUGUGCACAUUGCUGGUUUCGGUGCUCGUGAUGAGGUUCCGGAGACAAAGCAGAAACUCCUCCUUUCUGUCUGAAGAAAAUGAUGGCUGACUCGUGGACAUUUCAUGAACGAACUCCAGAAGAUAGUCCAGGCUGUUUGUAGGCUAUUGGCUUCAAUUAUUGUACUGGUUGUAUCAUAUAGGAUGUAGAUUUUGCAUGAUUUUAUACUUUGGAGAAGUUUAACUAGAGGCCAUUUUAUUAAAGUUUUGACAGCACAGCAUGCCAUUGAGUUCAUGAUCCAAAGUGAACACCAGCAGUUAAAUAAAACUGUAUUAUAUUGUACUUAUAUGAAAAGCAGUAUUUGUGGUAUAUAAAUUAAAUCCCUAAAUAAAAUGUAUGUAGUAUGUUGUAUUUUUAUAAAAGCUAGCUCCAUGGAUCUGUCCUCAUGUAGAAUUUUUUGACUUGUUGCCAGAAUUUUGAAUUUAUAUUUUUAAGCCGUAUAUAUAGAGAUUGGGCAUACCCAGCCUCUUGUUUUCCCCGAUGAGAUUAACUUCCUCAUUACUGAGUUCUUGAAGAGCCUGGACAUGUUGCAGUAGCGUUGCUGAGGAAGGGGUUGCUGCUCUGUGCUAUGUUGCAUCUCCAGCUUUUUUUUUUUUUAAUUAACCAUUUAAAAAUAGCCCUUAACCAACCAAAGAUACUUCUGUAAUUCAUAUUUGGUUAUCAAUUCUCUUAGUCCUCAAUUCUGUAUUUCCUUUAUUUUAAAUAGUGGUUUGGUAGAAUAUGUAAAUUUUAUUUGUAGCCUGAAAGACACCUUGAAUUCUAGCAAGAUGCAACAAGUUAUGAGUGCAUUUCCUGACAAGCCUCACAGAAAGUAAACGUGAAUAAGCCCAAAGACUUCAACAGUUGGCUUCCACUUUGAAAACAGGGGAAAGGAAACUUCACGUAAAGGAAACUUCACAUUAAUUAUGUUAGCCUCUAGGUAUUUUGUAUAUUCAGUAAUACUUUAGGAAAAAAAAAGGAGCAAAAAAUCAACACAGUAUCACUCAAGGAUAGUGGAGUUGGGUGAGUUUUCACCAAAUCCAAAUGUGUUCAGUUAUUUCUUUCUCCCCUCUCAUCAGCUAUUUAUUAUGAAGCGUACAGAGCUCAGUCUUUUUCCCCAACAGGGUCUUCCAAUGCUUAAGCACAAACAUAUUUUACCAGAAACUAUUCAACACGCUUUCACACAGGGCUCUUCUAAACACUGCCUCAUCAGAUUGAGUUUGUCAUAGCUUCUAUAAAAGUUUGUUAAAGAGUUGCUAAAGAAUAAAUGCAGCUAUGAUUAAUACAUGUGCUGUAAUCAGAGCUGCACAGAUGCGAGAAUUUUUUGAGAAGGUAGCGCAUUGAGUUAUAUAGCUUGUACCUAUUUGGCUCACAUCAGGUAACUUCAGUAUUGCAUGAUGGUGUAUUUUGUUUCAUAGUCGUGAGGGUAUAAAAACUUAAAAUACUCUAAAAAAAUCUAAUAUUUAGAUUUUCAUGUGAGCAUUCAGCUUUAGUUUAUGUCAGUGAAGCCUACAAGAGGAAAUAUGUGCUGCACACAAAGUUCCCAUUCCUCUACUUGAGAAAAUUUGGGGUGUGUAUGAUGUUUAGAAAGCAGGAUUAGGACAAAUUUGAACAAAUUAACAAAUUUUCUAUGUAUAGGAAUAUAGCAAGCAAGUUAGAAAUGCCCAGUUACUGGUUUAUCGUUGGUCUCUUUACCCCAAGCAGUCUUUGUGUUAGGUCUUGCACGACAGCCGCUAGAUGUCAGUGUCUCAGUCUCCAGGUGCUUCUCUUGUAUAGGAAGUUAGGGUGUAACGCUCACCCGAAUUACUGUGUUCUGUCUGUCUUUUUAGGAGUCUUUGACUGUCCUUGCUAAUUUAACUCCAGUAUUCUACAGAAGUCAUCUGAGAGUUACAAGCAGUAGUAUGCUCUCUUAAUGCAUUUAAUUUACCUACUUGUUCUAGCUAAAACAAGUCAUUUCUGUCCUGUAGGCUUUGGAGAAUAAAUGCAUAGCAUCCCGCGGCAUCAACUGCUGCUGUCCUGCCAAAAGCAGUGGAAUGCUUGCUGUUGACACAAUUAUCUCUUAAUGACACAGUUAUCUCUUAAAAUAUCUAGGUGUAAUAUAACAGCAGAAAUAGUUUAAUCCAUUGGUAUAUGAUGUAACCAAAUAGCCUUAUAGCGCUGGAGCUUGCGAAACAUUUGUACGUGCUGAGAACUCCUUCAAAUCAACCUAACGAUGCCUUUACCUUCUGAGAUAAGUGGAGCAUAAAAAAAUAUGUGGCUUGAGUUUUUUUGGUUUGUUAAUAUGAGGAAGCAGGUGCUUAGAAUAUUUAGUUCUUAUAUACGCACAAUUGUUUGCCUCUCUUAAGCUUCGUUCCUGUGAGGUCCUCUGUGGAAAACACCUUCCCACAGAGGAAGACUGGGCAAAAUACUCUCAAGGUAGGAGUUGCUCUGUAUCAGCCAGUGUGGUAGAUUUCUUUUUUCACUCUUUCCAGUCUUCUACUCACUUGAAACCGCCUGUGCAUUUCACAUUCCCAUAAAUAUGGAUUGACAGCUUCAAGCUUGAACAAUCAUAAAAGUAAAUGCAAAUGAUCAGCUUUCAAAUGUUGAUUUCCUUAUGACUCCCAGUAUUUACCACUGUCUGCUCUUCCCCUUUACAGGGUUCUCCGACUUUCUUUUUAGCUCCUGUAGUGGUAACAUUAUGAUUAAUUUAUAAUCAUAAAUGGUACAGAAAUCUUGAAGUUGUUCACUGCAUGCAGUGUUAGUUCCUAGGUAAACUAUGUAUUUUUUUAAAGCCGAUGCCAGGUUUUUUGGGUUUUCUUCCUGGAGCAUUUGAAAUUGAGCCAUAGGAUUUGUACUUGCCAAUUCUAAAUUUAAAUGUAAUUUAUCAUGUAUGUCAUGCCAAGAAGAGCAGACCUGCAGGCAUCCACUCAUGCAAUGCACCUGAGGGAUUUGCUGCUGAGUAAGCUGUACGUGUGUGAUUUUUGUGGCAAUGGAAAAAGGAAUAAAGGGACUUGGAACAUAAA